GGCGGGCCCCGCUCGCCUUACGGCCUGUCGCAAAGAAAAUGGCGGCCCCCGUCUACCCGCCUUGGGUCACCCGCUGGGUCUCCGGGCAGUGGCGGCAGAAGAAGCGGCCGCCUGUCAUCCGCCCNACCCGGCCGCUGGUGUUGGCCAACAAGGUGGCGAACCGCCGGGAGGAGGCGGGAGAGGCGACGUGCAUUACGGAGAUGUCAGUAAUGAUGGCCUGCUGGAAACAGAACGACUUCAAUGAUGCAGCUUGUGCUGAGGAGAUCCGGCUGUUCUAUGACUGCGUGGCAAAGGCAGAAAAGGAGCGCAAGGAUCGAAAUGAGGGCGCGCUGACACCCGGGGGAAACUUAAGUUCAAGCAAAGUGAACAAGCUCCUGAGGAGGUUUCCACAGAGCUCACGUUAUGUAUAAUGUGCUUUACUAAAGGGACUGCAGACAAGUGAUUAAAGUUGGAGUCUUUGGCAAAGAAGUGGAAAGUAGACUUGAGUAAGCAUUUGAUGUCCAGUGGCAUCUGUCAGUGCUGCUGUGCGGAUCUUGACUGCACCUUUGUUUCCAGAGUGAAAAAUACCCAUCUUGACCAUGAGCUGACUUUGUUCAGGAGGUUUUUGGGUCUCACGGUCUUAGGAUUUCUGCAGCAUGUUGUUCAACUUGCCACAGUGUGGAGUCGGGUCCUUGCUGUGAAAUAAAAUCUUGUAGGAAUGCAUGUAAGUGCAUUUUCUAACAGUCAGGGGGGAACUUUUCCUCAGGUGUAAGCUUCCUGCCUAACUUCUGAGCUGCUAUCAAAAAGUGCUCAGGCCCAGACAUUGAGCCAACUUAAAACUGAUAGUAGUAAUCUCAUGACUCGUACUCCUACGUCUGUGUAUACACAGUUUCAUUCCUCUUGAAAUUUUUUUAAUUCCUGCUGUUGUACAAGAUGGUUGUAGAGUGGGGAGGAAAUCUCCAGCAAAAUGCCUUGUUAAUACACAAUACGUUGGUAAGGAUCAAAUAUAAUUUUAAUGUAGAAGCUUGUGAUUUAGGUCCUCUGAUUUGCAGGUGGGACUGAUAUGGUGCUGUGUCAGAUGGAUGGAGUUGUCUGUACUCUAAUAAAAUAAUGCAAGACUGUU